GCUAAUCAACGAAGUAACCGUAAAAUAAAAAAACUAAACACGUUUUGCACCCUUCUGCUAGACUUUCUUGUGUGUGUUGUAGCGAGUAUUUGUUGCAUUGUAACAACUAACAAGUAUGAGGGCCUGAACUUGUCUGCUAACAACAGUCAAGUGUUUGCUAAGGACAGACCCCGACAAUGGGGCUGCCGUCCCCUGAAGCUAGUCUGCUUGGCAACUCUAGCUUGUUGCUGCCUACUAAUGCCACUGACAUUGACGGUGACGACGCCGGCGGCUGCGGGAUGGCCUGGGCCGAGCCGCAGCACCUGCUCUUCCAACUUGCCAACGGCUGUUUCCUGGUAUCGUACCUGGCGCCCAACUCACAGCGGGGACUGCUGGCACUGCACGCCGUGCUUAUACUGGGAUUUUUCCUGUACUCGAUGUGGGGCUGGAACGUGAUCUGCGCACCGGGCAUCUUCACCUGGAACUUCCUGUUUGUGCUGCUGAACAUGGGCCAGGUGCUGCACAUCAUUUACCAGAUGCGGCCGGUCAAGUUCAACCAAGAGCUAGAGGAGCUUUACAGCACUCUUUUCGAGCCGCUCAGGGUGCCGCGGAUGUUGUUUCGGAAGCUGGUCAGCUCCGAGUAUGCCCAGCUGGUGACACUGCACGCCGGCGAGGCGUACGCCCUGCAGAACCUGACGCGCACCGACCGGCUGGGGAUCCUGCUGGCCGGACGGUGUAACGUGCUCUCCGACAACAACUUCCUGCACAGUAUCGGGCCGAACCAGUUCCUGGACAGCCCAGAGUUCGAGUCCACCAAGGCCACCGCCGAGGAGAAGUUCAAGGUGGGCAUCAUCGCGGCCAACCAGUGCCGGUACAUCUUCUGGCACCGGUCCGCCAUCGAGUACCUGUUCGUCAAGGAGCCCUACCUGGCCACCGUCAUGUCCACCAUGAUCGCCCGCGACAUCACCAACAAGCUCUACUGCAUGAACCACAAGGUGAUGACUGGGCGCGGCUCAGCGGUGGAUAUCCGCCUGCCCAGCAUCACAUCAUCACUGAGCUCGUGUGAGGUCCGCUCUCCACGCGCCGUGCCGCGCCGCGAGCUGAGGAGCGAGUCCUCUCCGGCCGGGAAUGGGGAGCUGGUGCGCCCCUCCGGACUGGGACUGGCCUCGCCCGAGCCGGACAGACUGCGUGCGUACGAGCCGGGCCGCCGGAACGGGUCACUGCCCAACACGCGCAUGGAGCCGCUGCCGGAGCUGCCCUCCGUCGACGACCUGGUCCAGAGCACACGAGAGGUGGCCAACUGGCUGGAACAGAACGUCAGACUGAGGGAGACGCCGGAACUGAGCGGCUCGGUGGCCAGGAGGGUGGGCGAGCCGCGGCCCCGCCUGCACUCGGCCAGCACCUGAGCUGAGCCGGCUGGAGCUGAGCUGAGUGGAAGCUAUGAGCUGAGGAGGAGAUGGAGAAAGAACUGAGCUGGACGAAAAUUGAGGCGAGCUGAGCUAUGCUGAGAGCAAACGAGCCGAGUAGAAGAUAAAGCUGAGCAGAUGAGCUGCGCAGCUGCAGUGCUGGAUACGGUCCCUCGCCCCGGCCUUUGCCAUUCAGUAACUGAGGCUCUGGUCAGUGACCAGCGAUUGUCCCCGGCUGAUAUCAAAUCGUCACGUCUGUGCUUUAUGUGCCGCUGCAGUGUGUAGGUUGCAUUGUAUUCGUCACGAUGUCCAACGGUGCAUAUAUAGGCGCUUGUUCGUUGGAUCUAUGUGCGCAGCUAGUCGGCCAUCUCCUUCGCACCGGACGACUGUCUUUCCGCGUUUGUCUCUAGCCGCUGGCACAAAUCGCGCUGUGUAUGUGAUAGGCGACUGCAGCACUUCUGGUCUCGGUAUCUAGUCACUGGUCACGCAGUGUGGCCGACUGCCCCGUGUGUGAACUAUCACUUCUAGUCAGCUGACGGGUCUGUGCCGUUUUCGCCGCGCUGCGCCGCCGUUUGUCGUCACAUCUAGUCGGCUCGCUGUGAUGACACCGCCCGUCCGAAGCCCUUUGUGAGGCGGGCCGCCGCUCCUUUCUGACUGUGUUAAAUCGUUCGUGGCGCUAAUGUGUCGUUCGCUGGGCGGGGCCGCUUCGGCAGGUCGCUGUAGCUAGGGGAGGGAAGGGUGCAGGCGCAGAUAUCUCUAUAGGCAGCCGUGGCGGGUUACGGACGGCUCGACAGCUUUUUGAACAUAUCAUAGUGCAGUUGAAGUAUUGUAUAUUGUUGCGCCUAAUGUCGCCAUUAAUAUCUCGACACGUUAAGUAAAGGGCGGCUUCUUUGAGCAGCAGCUAUGCAUGGAUAAUGGGAUUUGUAUUGCAUGCUGCUGUCUGGCAUGCAGAGCGCACAGCUUUAAGCGAUGUAUUGUAGACGUUGGGAAUGUUCAUUUCUGCUGAUGCUGAUUUAGAGGCUUUUAUAUGUACCUAUGUCCUGGCAUUGCAUACAGUGGAUGGUGCUUGUAUGCCUUCUGGCCCGGCAACGGUCGAACUAAAAAUACACCCGAAAGUG